CCUCUAGUCUCUCUUGUCAACCGACUUGCAUAGGCUGAGUUACAGCGGCUUCAGGAAGUAUUCAUACCCCUAGACUUAUUCUGCAUUUUGUUACAGCCUAAAUUCAACAUGUAUUAAAUAUAUUUAUUUUUUUCUCACCCAUUUACACACAAUGCGCCAUAAUGACAGUGAAAACCUGUUUUUAGAUUUUUUUUCUUCACAUUUUUGGAAAAGGAAAUGCAUAAAUAUUCACACCGCUGAAUCAAUACUUUUGUAGAUGCACCUUUGGGGAUGGAACAAGUCACAAUGAGCGACCGGUUCGACUGCGACAACUGCAAGGAGUCCCUGUAUGGACGCAAGUACAUCCAGGCAGACGGGGGACAUGGGGACAACCCCUACUGCAUCCCCUGUUACGACAGCCUGUUCGCCAACACCUGCGACGAGUGCAAGGAGCUAAUCGGCCAUGACGCCAGGGAGCUGUUCUACGAGGACAGGCACUACCAUGAGCACUGUUUCCGUUGUUUCCGCUGUGACCGCUCGCUGGCGGACGAGCCCUUCACCAGCCAGGACGAGGCGCUGCUGUGCAACGACUGCUACUGCAACGAGUUCUCAUCCAAGUGUGUGGCCUGUGACAAGACUGUCAUGCCAGGCACGAGGAAGUUGGAGUAUGGUGGCUCCACAUGGCACGAGGGCUGUUUCAUCUGCCACAGCUGUGAGCAGCCCAUCGGCUCCAAGUCCUUCAUCCCAGACAAGGAUGAACACUACUGCGUGUCCUGCUAUGAGGAUAAGUUCGCCCCGCGCUGCACCCGCUGCAAAAAGGCCCUGGCUAAAGGGGGCGUGACAUAUCGGGAUGAGCCAUGGCACAAGGAGUGCUUUGUGUGUACUGGCUGCAAGGUGCAGCUGGCAGGGCAGCACUUCACCUCGCGCGAAGACAACCCCUACUGCCUCAAGUGCUUCGGCAGCCUAUACUCCAAGAAGUGUGAGGCCUGCAGCAAGCCUAUCACAGGUUUUGGCGGAGGGAAGUACAUCUCGUUUGAGGAGCGCCAGUGGCACCAGCCCUGCUUCACCUGCACAGAGUGCUCCGUCUCUCUGGUGGGGGCAGGCUUCUUCCCCAAUGGAGACCAGAUCCUGUGUCGUGACUGCAACACCAACAGCAAUCUAUAGACUACACACACACACACCGUAUCGCCCCUCUCGUCACACACGCCCGCCUAGGUCAACCCCAUCACUGCCAAGGUUGUUAACACAGACCCACAGACUGCCUCUCAGGUCAUGCCCACACACACACACCUUGCUCACUAGACCACAGCUCAAUCCCUCAUCCUCCCUCAGUGCUUUCUGCUGCAUGCUGUCAAAUACCAGAGCUAAGCAUCAGGCUACUGAAGCACAGACAGAAAUCAGCCAGCCUAAAGUUGAUCUAACUUGGCAGAGGCACGUUUUCAUGACCAAAUAGA